AUGGAUCUCGAAAUUAAAAGUGGAGCACUGAUCGAUAACACGAAAUUUAUUCAUAUUCUAAGUAACGUGAAACUCGCGGAUGAAUUUCAAAAUGCGUAUAACUUCGCAAAUUUACGAUUUGGAAUCGGCAACACGCAAUUCAUGGCCAAACCAAAAGACGGCGUUUCAAGUUUUUGCACUGCUCUGACAAAAAGAAGACUAGAGGCAAUCAACAGUUACAACAAAAACGAUCAGGCAAAAAUUAGGCAACAAGAAAAGUCGUUCAUUUUCAUUGUCAGCAAAGCAGAAAAAAAUUCUUCUGAAGCAGAAACUCCGUGGAAGAUCGGAGCAUGGAGUAAUACAUUACGAUCAGAAUUUGAAAGAGACUGCGUUACAAAAAUAAUCGAUAUGGAAAAACGAGAAGGAGGUGUUUUGUCAGAUACUCGACUCGCUGACGUCAUGAGACAGAUAAAAAAUCUUCCAAAAUAUGCUGUGAAUUCGGAGCUGAAGCAACUUGGAGUCGGAAAAGGAAGCUUCUUCUUGAGCCUGAAAGAAUCGAAAUUCCCCAAUCGCAGCGUAUUUUGGUCAAAGCUACUUUUUGAACGAAUGAUUAGUUUUCAGUCAUACGAUCAUGUUUCGAAAAAUACCAUUUUAAUCGACAUAACGGCUUUCCUGAUAGAUUUUGAUGAAUAUACGAACUCCGAAGAUGACAAUGAUGCUGUUACUGUAAAAGCCGAGGAUCCGGAAGCUCCAAAAUUCAACCCAAAAUAUCAUCAUUGUCCGCAAUGGGAAAAAUUGGCCGACCAGCAUAUCGAUGAUACUUUAUUCGAAGAUUUUUGCAAUGAAUGUAUUGAAGAAAUCAUCGCCCUUGAAUCAGAAUCUGGCGAGAUCGUUUCCUUUCAAACCCUCAUUCAAAUGUUCGACAGUGUGAGAAGCAGUGAAAAGUUUAAAAACGCAAAGCACUUGGAAGGAAUCAACUUUCGUGAACUUGGAAGAAAUCUUUAUACAAAUCGAAGAACAGCCGACUUGUACGAUAAGCUGAUGCAAACAAGGAGGAACAAAUUGGACAUUUACAAAGAAAGAGCAAGAGACGCGAUUAAUGAACCCCAGUCUUCGUAUUUACGGCGAAAACGUAAAUAUAAAAUGAUCAUUGAAAAAGGCGACGUGGUCAGGGAAAUAUCCGGAAAUCAGAUUCAAAUUCUGAGGUUUGAUGAAGAAGAGCAAGAAGAGUCGCCUAAAUUGCCACUAGAAGAAAAGUUCUUUGAUCAAGUGUUUCGCCUCGAUGGAACGGUUGAAGUCUUCGAAAGGCCAAAGCAAGAAAGAGAAAUAACUUCAGAGCAAAGGAAGCUUUUUGAUAAAAAGUUGGAGAGAUUCAGACAUAUUAAACUUGGGUCUAAAUCAGGCGAAGAAAAGAAGUCUUCCAGCAAAAAUGAAUCCUCAGUGGCGGAAAGAAUAAUCGCAGACCAUCUACUCGGAGUCCGUGAAAGCUUAUCAGAACCUGAAACUCCGAAAAACACAUUGACUCUGACGCAGAUUAAUGAUAUAACGAAGAAAACGAGAGAUUAUGUUUACGAAAAAGUGCUCAAACAGCAAGAAGAAAUUCGCAAGCAAAGAUUGGAGGAGAAACGAAUUGAGACUGAAGCUAUAAAAAACGACCGAAAGAAGAUUUCAAUGGCGAGACCAGCUCAGAACAAGGAAAUUAAACCUAUGAGUUUUGAUUUCGGAAAAGUAGCGGUUGAAACUCCGCCUGCAAAGAAAAAGAUUCGAGUCGUCAUGCCAAAUAUAAAUUCUCCGGUUCUUGGAGCAUCCAACACACUUGUCAUCAAUACCGAUGACGUGCAGAUCAGAAAUAUCCAGGAUGUAAAACCACGUGCCGCGCAGCCUCCGAAACCUCAAAAAGUGAUGAGAAAACUUGAUAAUUUGAAAGCAAUCUUUGGAAAGAUUAUUGAAAACAUGGAGAGGAUCCCGGAAGAUGAACAGCAGAGUAUCAUGGACACUUAUCGAACUGAUUUGGAAUCGUUCUCUUCUAGUGCUCAUCAAUCAAGUUCAAAAAAAUUUACUACUGCCUCAAUUCAGAAACAUCCCUGA